AUGUUACCGAGCCAGGUUGGGUCGGCACCACAGGGAAACGCGUCAUCUUCAGCUAGAGGAACCGUCGGGCUCGGUUCGGCUUCUGUUGUCGGCGGGAUUCGUCCCGUCUUGAUCCGAGCAGGGCUUGGCGAGAGUGCGAGCGGGGAAGGGCGGCACGGAACCAGAGAAGCGCUCGGGAUGCUGGGGGCGAACGGUCCAGGGGGUCCGCGAGGUGUGCGAUCCGGGAACGGGACCGGGGUGAGCCCCCUUCAGGCAGCAAUCCAGGGCAGCAUGGUGGGUCUCAACGCGGGGUUGGUGCUGCCCCACGGGGCCAGGUUCGACCCGGAGAGGGAGAGUGUGCCUCUCUGCAGCGGAUCGGACAACGACUCGGACUCUGGGGAUGACGACGACCCGGUUUCUUCGCUCGGCGACAGCAGGAGAGGGGUGAAGCGGGAGAGAACCGAGCUGGAAGCUGCUGCCACGGGCCAGGAAGUCGGAGGAGUUCCCGGAGGCUAUGGCCUGGCUCCGGGGGGAGUAGCGGGGGCCAAGCCGGGGAAGAAGACACGUGGGCGCGUCAAGAUCAAGAUGGAAUUUAUUGACAACAAGUUGAGACGCUACACCACUUUCAGCAAGAGGAAGACUGGCAUUAUGAAGAAGGCCUACGAGCUGUCCACCCUGACAGGAACCCAAGUUCUGCUGCUCGUGGCCAGUGAAACGGGUCACGUCUACACGUUUGCUACCCGUAAACUCCAGCCUAUGAUCACAAGUGAAACGGGCAAAGCGCUGAUCCAAACAUGCCUCAACUCACCGGACUCACCGCCACGUUCGGACCCAUCCACAGACCAGCGCAUGAGUGCAACAGGCUUCGAGGAGACGGACCUCACCUACCAGGUGUCUGAGUCGGAGAGCAUGGGCGACACUAAGGAUACUUUGAAACCCACAUUCACAGUUGCCAGCCUACCAGGCGGUACCAGCAGCGCCCAGGCCACUGUGCCCACCACCUCCACCAGCAUGCAGGUGAGCAGCGGGCCCAACUUUCCCAUCACCAACUACCUGGCCCCCGUUUCCGCCAGCACCAGUGUCAGUGCCAACGGGACUGUCCUUAAGACCACCGGCGCCUCCACAGGAGUGAUGCAGCUACCCAGUGGCUUCACAUUCAUGCCAGCAGGCACUCCUCUCCCCCCUGGCACCCCCACCAUUCCGCUGAGCCAGCUGCAGCAACACUCCCUGACCCUCCAGGGGCAGCACGGUCAGACUUUGACCGCCGCCCCUCAGCCUCAGCAGGGCCAACAGGCCGUCUUCCGCUUCCCCGCUGCUGUCUCCCUCACAGGGACGGGUGUCCCACAGCAGCUCCAGGCCAUUCAGGUUCACCCCAACACCCAGCCCAUCUCCAACAGUGAGGGUAGCCCCGAGAUGUCCCACACCUCCACAAACUCCACAGCUGCUGUGAGUCUCCCGGCAACCAUCGUCACCUCAUCAGUGCCGUCGACUGUGGCGGGUCACAUGAUGUACCCCAGUCCCCACACGGUGAUGUACGCCUCCACGCCCGCGCUGGCCGACGGGGGGCUCGCCGUGCUCAACGCCUUCUCCCAGGGCACGUCGGCCAUGCAGGUGUCACACGCGCAAGCCCACGACGCAGCGUCCGUCCCCCAGGUGUUCCUGACGGCCCCCCCGGGCACGGUGCAGAUCCCUGUUUCCGCAGUGCAACUUCACCCAAUGGUGAUUGGACCCCAGUCGAGCGGCAGCAGCACUAACCUGACCGAACUACAAGUGGUCAACUUGGACACGGCGCAAAACUCCAAAAGUGAUUGA